AUUCAAUCAUUUCUCUUCUCUGAUUUCCCCUUUUUUUUUUUUUUGCCCUAUCUCAUAGGGUUUCCAUCUCCUUCAAGCUCUAAUCUUUCUCAUGCAUUCGUGUCUUCAACAACUAUACGGUGUUGUAGCGGUUUCCAUCCUCGUCGGGUCUCUCUUUUUUGCUCUCUUUGGAGGGUUUUUGGGCCAGGAUCAGUUCAGAUUUUACCUCCCGGGGUUUUUUGAGCUGUACCCAUGUCUAAGCUCUUUGCUUUCUCUGGUAAUGAUGAUUUUUGCCCUGGGGGGUCAAUAUACCCAAACCCCAAGGAGUCGAGCCUCUUUUUGUCCCUUGGUUCUCAUGUGGAUGUGUAUUUUCCUCCUCGCAAGAGGUCACGCAUUAGUGCUCCAUUUGUUUUCAGCGAAGAGAGAUCUGAGAAGAAGAAGGUCUCUAUUGAAGUCCUGCCUGAUGAAUGUCUCUUUGAGAUCUUCAGACGGUUGCCUGGAGGCCAGGAGAAGAGUGCCUGUGCUUGUGUUUCCAAGCGCUGGCUUACUCUUCUAAGCAAUAUCCGCAGAGAUGAGUUUAGCAACAGAUCUUCAAAGCCUGAAGCUGAGAUUCUUGAAAAGAAAGCUGAAGUAGCAUCUGAGGCUGAAGAUCUGGAUGUUGAGGAUGAUGGAUACCUCUCCAGGAGCCUGGAAGGAAAGAAGGCUACAGAUAUAAGACUUGCUGCUAUGGCUGUUGGAACUGCUAAUCGUGGAGGAUUGGGAAAACUUUUUAUCCGUGGAAGCAAAUCUAGUCGUGGUGUGACGAGCGUUGGCCUUGGGGCCAUUGCCCGUGGCUGCCCAUCUCUAAAGGUUCUCUCCCUCUGGAACCUAUCUUCUGUAGGGGAUGAUGGUCUUUCUGAGAUUGCUAGUGGAUGUCACCAGCUAGAGAAGCUUGACCUUUGUCAGUGUCCUGCUAUUACUGACAAGGCUUUGAUUGCAGUUGCAAAGAACUGCCCGAGUUUGACUGAUCUGACCAUAGAGUCUUGUUCCAGCAUUGGGAAUGAAGGUCUGCAAGCUAUUGGGCAAUGCUGCCCCAAUCUAAAGUCCAUUUCAAUCAAAGACUGCCCUCUUGUUGGGGAUCAAGGAAUCGCUAGCUUGUUGUCUUCAGCCAGUUAUUCCCUGGUGAAAGUGAAGCUUCAAAGAGUGAACAUCACUGAUGUUUCACUUGCUGUUCUUGGACACUAUGGCAAGGCAGUAACUGAUCUUACCCUCACUGCCCUUUCAAAUGUGGGUGAGAGAGGCUUCUGGGUCAUGGGUGGUGGUCAUGGGUUGCAGAAGUUAAAGUCUUUGACAAUUACAUCCUGUGGAGGAGUAACAGAUCUGGGCCUUGAAGCUGUGGGAAAGGGUUGCCCAAACUUAAAACAGUUCUGCCUCCGAAAAUGUUCAUUCUUGUCUGACAAUGGGCUGAUCUCUUUUGCCAAAGCUGCAGUAUCACUUGAAAGUCUUCAAUUGGAGGAAUGCCACAGGAUCACCCAAUUUGGGUUUUUUGGUUCUCUUUUGAACUGUGGUGCAAAACUGAAGGCCGUUUCACUAGUGAGCUGCUUGGGGAUGAAGGACCUAAAUCUGGCAGUACCUUUGUUGGCUCCUUGCAAAUCCUUGAUAUCGUUGUCCAUCCGUAACUGCCCUGGAUUUGGUGAUGCAAGCCUGGCUGUGUUGGGGAAGUUGUGCCCUCAGUUGCAGCAUGUGGAUUUGAGUGGGCUUCAGGGAAUAACAGAUGCUGGAGUUUUACCUCUAGUUGAAAGCUCUGAAACUGGUCUGGCGAAGGUUAAUCUUAGUGGUUGUGUGAAUGUGACAGACAAAGUUGUUUCAACCAUGACUGAUCUGCAUGGUUGGACUCUUGAAAUGCUCAACCUUGAUGGUUGCAGACAGAUCAGUGAUGCAAGCUUGGUGGCAAUUGCAAAUAACUGCCUGCUUCUCAGUGAUCUUGAUGUCUCAAAGUGUGCAGUCACUGAUUUUGGAAUUUCAUCCCUAGCUCAAGCAAGCCAUCUCAACCUGCAGAUCCUUUCGGUGUCAGGAUGCCCCUUGAUUUCAGACAAGAGCUUGAAUGCUUUGAGGAAGAUGGGUCAAACCCUUUUGGGAUUGAACCUCCAGAACUGCAAUGCAAUCAGCAGCUGCACAAUUGACAUUCUUGUGGAGCAGUUGUGGAGGUGCGAUAUCCUUUCGUAAACAAGGGAAGGAUUUGAUGAAACCCCAUCGAUGAAUUAAUUUGGCAGAUGCCAAGGGUCGGGUUGCAGUAAAUCAGGAAGCUUCAGAAUUCUAGUCAGCUUUUGUGAGUAGCAGCAGUUAAUGUAGUUUUUGGGUCCAUCAGCUAUGGGUCUUUGAUCUUCCAGUACUCAGGUUUCUUUUUCCAGGAAGCAUAUUGGCCAUAUUUAUUCUUCUUUUUGCAGGUUUCCGCUGAGUGGAAAUCUGUUGCAAGUUUUUUGACCCCGAUAGUGGGUGUCACUUUAUUCAUGGCCGUAUUUCCUGAGAAUACAGUUACCGAGUUCUGUUUCUGGGUUACUUUCUCCAAUCGCGUGUUUUAGCUUGGUCCUGUUUCUUAUAUAUGCUUGGGCUAAGCUUUCAUUUAAAGUCAUUUUACCGAGUCUGAUCAUGUUUUCGAUAUCAUAUCUGAACGUGAUGGUUGGUUGGUCUUUUGUUUUCCUCAAGGGGCGGAUUAAAAGUUUUAGAGUCGUUGUUCCGUUGGUUUUAAAAGUUGGAAUAUUGGUGCCUUGUGGUCGUGGGGCUUGGCCGUGGCAGCGAGUUAUAUGGUCUGCCAUGACAACCUGUCGGUUGUUUUUUUUUAACCAGUUCCAUCGUUUUACAGGCUCCAUUUGUUUAUCAACUGUAGACUAUGCAACGGCUUCGUCAUGUAAUGAAAUCAAUAAUCGCCCUUUGUGAUGUAAACUUGUAUGCCUUUUCAUAAUAUAAAUAAAGGCUAUUUAUGUAGA